CAACUUCUAAACACAGUCGUGUGUGCUGUCAUGGACAGUGUGGAGAUGGAAUCUGUCCAUAUUAAAGAGGAGCUCUGUGAGAUGCAAUGUGACUGCUGUCUGAUGGAGGUAUCCGACAUUAAAGCUGAGCACAGUGAAUUGCAGAUCCCCCAGACAGAAGAACCCCUUUUUGUUAAACAAGAAGAUGUGUUGGAAAUUAAACAGGAGCCCCUGGACGUAGAGUCUGACCACAUGAAACCAGGGAAGGAAGAAUCCGAGGACUUCAAACCAAACAUCCCUGAGCUGGAGCCUGUACACCUGUGGGAGUGUAGUGUGGUGCUGGAGAGAAUCUGUGUGAGAGAGCAAGGUUCUGGAAAGGAAGACAAGCGGUCACAUUCAGAAUGCAGUCUAGCAGGUUCCAGUCCAGCAGCUAAAAUGAGGUGCUGUGGAGAAUAUCCUGACUCUGGGAAAGGUUUCACCCAGUUAGGGCAUUUUAAAAAACGCCAGCCAAUUCCCACAGAAGAGAAACCCUAUUAUUGCUCUGACUGUGGGAAGAGUUUCAGACGUUCAGAAAACCUGAGAACACACCAGAGAAUUCACACAGGCGAGAAACCGUAUCUCUGUUCUGACUGUGGGAAGAGUUUCAGUCGGUCACACAGCCUUCAUUCACACCAGAGAAUUCACACAGGCGAGAAACCGUAUCUCUGUUCUGACUGUGGGAAGAGUUUCAGUCGGUCACACAGCCUUCAUUCACACCAGCUAAUUCACACAGGAGAGAAACCGUAUCUCUGUUCUGACUGUGGGAAGUGUUUCAAGCAGUCAGGAGACCUUGAAAGACACCAAAGAAUUCACACAGGCGAGAAACCGUAUCUCUGUUCUGACUGUGGGAAGGGUUUCAAGCAGUCAGGAGACCUUGAAAGACACCAAAGAAUUCACACAGGCGAGAAACCGUAUCUCUGUUCUGACUGUGGGAAGUGUUUCAAGCAGUCAGGAGACCUUGUAAGACACAAAAGAAUUCACACAGGAGAGAAACCGUAUCUCUGCUCUGACUGUGGGAAGAGUUUUAGUCGGUCACACAGCCUUGAAUCACACCAGCGAAUUCACACAGGAGAGAAACCGUAUCGCUGCUCUGACUGUGGGAAGGGUUUCAGAGAUUCAGGAGACCUGAAAAAACACCAGCGAAUUCACAGAAGAGAGAAACCGUAUCUCUGUUCUGACUGUGGGAAGAGUUUCCGUGUUAAACACAACCUUCUAACACACCAGCGAAUUCACAAAGGAGAGAAACCGUAUCUCUGUUCUGACUGUGGGAAGAGUUUCCGUGUUAAAAACAACCUUCUAACACACCAGCGAAUUCACACAGGAGAGAAACCGUAUCUCUGUUCUGACUGUGGGAAGAGUUUCCGUGUUAAACACAACCUUCUAACACACCAGCGAAUUCACACAGGAGAGAAACCGUAUCUCUGUUCUGACUGUGGGAAGAGUUUCCGUGUUAAACACAACCUUCUAACACACCAGCGAAUUCACACAGGAGAGAAACCGUAUCUCUGCUCUGACUGUGGGAAGAGUUUCAGUCGGUCACACAGCCUUGAAUCACACCAGCGAAUUCACACAGGAGAGAAACCGUAUCGCUGCUCUGACUGUGGGAAGGGUUUCAGAGAUUCAGGAGACCUGAAAAAACACCAGCGAAUUCACAGAAGAGAGAAGCCUUAAAGAGCAUGUUCAUUGGAACUUUUUUGGGUCUGUGUAUGUGAGAGAGCCUGUGUGUGUGUGAGAGAGGCUGUGUGUGAGAGAGUGUGUGUGUGUGUGUGUGAGAGAGAGAGAGUGUCUGUGUGUGUGUGUGAGAGAGAGAGAGAGAGUCUGUGUGUGUGUGUGUGUGAGAGAGAGAGAGAGAGUGUGUGUGUGUGAGAGAGAGAGU